AUGAGCAGCAAUGGCCGCUUGCUGCAGACUUGGCUUGCUUUCGCAUGCCUGAGUGCUGCAGAAAGAUACCAGAGACUCUCACAGCAGCUGGCUGUGGAUGCCAUCUUUGAUUCACAAGGCCGUCCACACAGGCAAAGCCAGCACUCGAAAGCUAUAGCGCCUGUGUUCCUGGCCGACGAUGAGCGACACAAUGCAGAGCAAGAGCAUCCGGAUUGUGAGGCCGAGCAGCAGUCUGUUGAAGAGUUCUACAGGCACAUCGGCAUCCAGAUCCAGGAGGAGGUCUGCUCAUCGCCGGGUAUCAAAUGUCGGGGAUUCUUCGUUGUCGAGAUUCAGCUCCGUGGGCGCAGGGACAUCAACGCCACAAUCGACAGCUUCCCCAACCUGAAGAAGUUGCGAAGUUUGGACGUUUCCGAAACAAGUUUGUCAGGAGAAAUUGUAGCUUUCGCAGCCCUAGCACACCUAGAGAUCUUGGAUCUUUCAGAUACCAGGUUCAAGGGAGACAUCUCCGAGCUGAAAUCGCUAGCUGGGCUACAGCAUUUUUACGCCAAAAACACACAAGUCCGGGGAGACAUCCAGGAUCUCCAGGUGCUUACGAAUCUGACCAAGCUCGACUUGCAACACACGGAGGUUAAGGGAGACAGCUUCCCCAACCUGAAGAAGUUGCGAAGUUUGGACGUUUCCUCCACAAGUUUGUCAGGAAAUAUUGUAGCUUUCGCAUCGCUGGCACAUCUCGAGAUCUUGGAUCUUUCAGAUACCAGGUUCAAGGGAGACAUCUCCGAGCUGAGAUCGCUAGCUGGGCUACAGCAUUUUCACGCCAAAAACACACAAGUUCGGGGAGACGUCCAGGAUUUCCAGGUGCUUACGAAUCUGACCAAGCUCAACUUGCAACACACGCAGGUUACGGGAGACGUUCGUGACUUGGCAAGGUUGACAAAUCUGCGAACGUUGCACUUACGAGAGACUGCUGCUCGGGGCGACAUUGGGAGUUUCGAAAACAUGCGGGAACUGGAGUCAUUAGACCUUCAUGGACUUGAACAAGUCGUUGGAAACGUCUCGGUCUUCCGCUUCAUGCCGGAGUUGAAAGUUCUCAGGCUUGAUGCAACUUCUGUUGUCGGUGACAUCUGUGCAUUUAAGACUGCAAGGAAGCUCGAAAGGCUCGGCCUGGACGUAACUCGGGUCCACGGUGACGUUGCAGCCUUUGAAGCUUCGAGCCCUUCACUUAUAGAGCUGUACCUGAGUCACACACAGGUUUCGGGAAGCAUCCAGGUCUUUGCGCACUUUCCCAGCUUGGAAGGGCUGGGCUUAGCUUCCACAGCUGUUUUCGGAAGCAUCGAUGUGUUCGCCUCAGCAACCAAGCUAAUCUAUCUUGGACUUGCACGUUCAAAGUUUUUCGGAGAUAUCGCAGCGUUGGAGCGCAUGGAAAACUUGCACCAGGUGUCGAUGUCGCACACCAAUGUGUCCGGAGACAUUUCCGUGCUCCAUUCCAAGGAGAAGCUGUGGUAUGUUGGUUUUGAGUCGACCAGUGUAUUCGGAGAUAUUCAAAUCUUCACGUCGACCUCAAAGAUGAAGUUCAUAAAUCUCGCUUAUACGACAGUCUCCGGAGACAUCAGCGUUUUUGCAGCAACUCCGAUGCUCAAGACGCUGCGCCUCUCUUCCGCAAGAGGUGACAGCUUUGCAAUCCGAGGUGACAUUCAAGUUUUCCAGAACCGAACGCCGCUGUUGGAAGACAUGCGAUUGGCACAGACCAGUGUGUAUGGAAAUCUCGAGCACCUUCACCUGGAGCAACUCCAAACGCUAGACAUUUUCUCCACUGCCGUGAAAGGUGACAUCGGCUCUCUGUUUGUUAGCGACAUGCUCUCCCACAUUUAUCUGGGAUCCACAGACAUAGGUGGGAACGUUGAUGCCAUUCUGAGUUGGAAGGCUGCCGAGGUUAUUGAUCUUUCGGACACGAAUGUCGAUGGCAAGCUGACCGAGAGAUGGAGAGGACGCUGCAGUUUGCUUCGCACAAUGAAACUGUCAAGAAGCAAGAUCAGUUGGCUGCCGACUGGACCGGACCGGUGGACCACGCCAGAUAUGGCCCUCUUGCCUGCUCUCAAAGUCCUGGAAAUAUCAGGAUGUCCGCUGGAUGGUCCAGCGGAGGAUUUGGUUUUACCUUUGGCAGCUUGCAGCCUUGCCAGCCUGAUAGCGGUACAGAGCGGCUUGGUUGGGCGAGUGCCCUCUCUCAGGCCCAUGCCUCCAGUGAAGCUGAAUGGCAAUUUCAACUUUGAUUUCACGCCUCCUCUCGCGCUUUCAUUGGAGAUAUUGGACCUGUCCAACAACAACAUCGAGGAACUUCAGGUUCCAAGAUCAUCUCACAUCUUGAAGGUCCGCGAGAACCAAGGCAGGUUGAAGUUUGGCUCGAACGUGCUGCACGACAUUGUGAAGGAUUCGAAUCGUUGGGCGGAUUUUCGGUGGACAACCUUUGAAACCUCAGAGUUUGAAACGCUGCUUCGGGAAGGCAAGCUGGGUCGAACGGAAGCCAUGUCAUUCCAUGAUCGAAACGCAUCUUUCAGGUGCUACAAUUUGAAGGCUGGCUCCUUGCAAAUCACGCCUUCACAGAUCAUGCCCGAAUGGUGCCAAUGUAUGCCAGGGUGGUUUGGCAAGGCUACAAACUGCACGCGGUGCCCAGUAGGCAAGUUCAGCAAAGGACAUGACGAGCCAACGUGUUCAACUUGCCCUCUGAAUAGCACCACGCUCGCGGCAGGUGCCACUUCUGGCAAGGACUGCAAGUGCGACGGCGGUGUCGACAUGGUUUACCUGCACAGGAAACCGACAUGCGGGUGUCCCCCGGGAUACGCAAACUUCGACGACCGCUGCGAGAACUGCAGUGAACGGCACCUCCACUGUCCCCAGAGAAACACGCAAUUGGUCUCGGCGACUCCUGAAGAGGGCUUCGCCAGAAUUGCUCCAAGAUUCUCAACGAGAGUCUUCCGAUGUCUAGCUCCAGCCACACAGCGCUGUCGCAGAGAAACUGCAUCCGAAAUGGGAUGUGCAACUGGAUACCGUGGACCCCUUUGCAUGGAUUGCAUGGAGGGGUUCUACGCCAGUGGGAAGUUGUGCAAAGUCUGCCGGCGAGAUGCUAUACCUUCUUGGAUGACUGCAGUUGCCGCUGUGAUUAUGGCGGGCGGUUGUUUUGGCAUGGCCUCUGCUUUUGCCACGAGGGAUGCUGCUGUCUUGAGACGGCAACUGGAACAGGUCAAGCUGCGCAUGCGGCAACUUUGCUUUGCUCCAGGCUAUUUGGGCAGCUUGCAGGUGACGCUGAUGCAAACUGAGGUGCCCAUGCUGCUUCAGCUUACCCAACUGUGGGGAGUCAUGGCCCUCUUAUUUCGCGCCAGCGGUCCAGGUGAAGAUGGUAGUUCUUGGGAGAUUCCCUACAUCCAAAGCUUGCAGUUGGCGAUGAGCAACCUCGCAAACAUCGCGAGUUUGCAGUGUAGCUUCGGUGGUAGCCAAACUCGCUGGCUCCUGGCACUUGCAUCGCCAGUCUUUCCCCUGGUGUUAUUCCUUGGCUGUUUUGGCCUGGAGCGCCAGCAACAUGGCUUGGGUAUCAAUACUUCGCUGAAGGUGCUAACCAUGCUGUUCAUCGGCGGGGCUUACAAAUGCUCUGCUCUGAAAAUGUGCCAGCGCGUGGAUGCAUAUGGGGAGAAGUUGCAGGAGUUUGCCUUUUUGAAGAAUCUGCCUCAUGUCUCCUGCGAGGACGGUGGGGCUGAAGCCAACAUUACCCGAGCCCUUUUCUGGCCGUGUCUCUUUGGUUACGCAGUCCUCAUCCCCUCCUUUCUGGCAUACCUUUACGCAAAACAGCACCAUGCCUUGCGGCAUGAGAGGAUGCCCGUCCAGAGCUGCAUCAAGGAUGACAGCACAGCAGCCGUGGCGUUCAAAGACCUUGUGCUUGCCAGACGCCUCGUCGCAACGGUUGUGGCCAAUGCAUCCUCGUACGUGUCUGAAGUGCGCCUUUCAGAGCCUUCGCUGGAAGUUUGCAGUGUCCACUUGCGGGUGCUGCUGUCAGAUCAGUCGGCCGCUUUGACUUUUCAGGCUUCUCACGGUGAGAGCCGCGGUCUGCCGAAUGUGAGCCUGGGGAGCGAGGAUGUGCCGUUUGCCAUCACUGAGAUGCUCAUGGAGUAUUGCAUCCUUGAAGAGAAGGCAUCUGACCGUUUCCUGGUCGGCAUGAAAGCGAUGCUGCAGAAAUAUUCGCUUUGCAGGAACGUGUGGAUGGAAAUUGUGCUCAAGGUUGUUUCCGUGGUGCUGGUGCAAGUGGUGUCCAACACGGAGGCCAUGCCGACCUCACUUACCUCUUCCGGUCUCAGAUGUCUUGUUUUGUUUAGUUCAUGUGUCCAACACGAAGCCAGAUGCACGUGUGGGCCAUUGCGAAGCUUUGGCAGCAUGUUCCAAUCUGGGGAAAUCGAAGCAUAG